UCCUGGCUGAAUUUCACUGGCUGACGUCAGCUGACUGCCUUGGCUCUCCGCUGCUCCGGACACAACGCCGCGUAAAAAUGCUGCUCUCAGUGCCGCCAAGGACAGGAAUUAGCCCGUACAACGGAUACAUCGGCAAAAACACAAAGAAGCAGGCGCUUAUGUCCCCUUCCAACCAUCACAUGGCUUCUCCAAGCCCCAGUAACACCAACAGUGCAAGCUCCACUCCCCGCAGUAACAGCAGCAGCCUCAGCAGUAGUAACAGCAAUGGAGAGCAACUGAGUAAAACCAACUUGUACAUAAGGGGACUGCAUCCAGGCACGACAGACCAGGACCUAGUCAAGCUAUGUCAGCCGUAUGGUAAAAUUGUUUCUACAAAGGCUAUCCUUGACAAAACUACAAACAAAUGUAAAGGCUAUGGCUUUGUGGACUUUGACAGUGCCUGCUCUGCUCAGAAGGCAGUGUCAGCUCUGAAAGCAGGCGGAGUCCAGGCUCAAAUGGCCAAGCAACAGGAGCAAGACCCCACCAACCUGUACAUCUCAAACCUGCCACAAUGCAUGGAUGAGCAGGAGCUGGAGAACCUGCUGAAGCCUUUCAGUCAAGCUAUUUCCACACGGAUCCUAAGGGACGCCAACGGAACCAGCCGGGGAGUUGGUUUUGCAAGAAUGGAGUCAACAGAAAAAUGUGAGGCCAUCAUUCAACAUUUUAAUGGGAAAUACAUCAAAACACCUCCAGGAGUACCAGUCCCUCCUGAACCGUUGUUAUGUAAAUUUGCUGAUGGUGGUCAAAAGAAAAGACAGAGCCAGGGGAAAUAUCUGCAGAAUAGUCGGGCCUGGACUGGAAAUGGGGACAGUGGAGGAAUGACUCUCACGUAUGACCCUACCACAGCCUUUCAGAAUGGGUUCUACCCUGCUCCCUACAGUAUCACCCCAAACCGGAUGCUUGGAGCUUCUCUUUCUCCAUACAUGCAUUCCCCUAUAUCAACGUACCAGGUACACACCCCAUCCUGGAUACAUCAGCCAUACAUCAUGCCACCAACUAAUGCAGUGUUGACAUCAGGAAUGGACCACACAAUGUCUAUUCAACCAACUUCUGUGAUUGGACACUUGUCGCAGCAGCUCAGUCACCUCUCCAUGGGCAACAAUGGCACUUAUCUGCCUGCUAACUCCUCUAUACAGGGAACAUACAUGUCCCAGUACUCCACGCAAGUGCCUCCCACAAACAUCUCAGUCGAGGAAAGUGCUGUCCAACAACCAGGGUCGACUGAGACGCCAAAACAACACACAACCUACUCGUACCAGCAUAACAAAUGAAGAGGGAUCCAGAAGUGCACGGGUGCUAACUACUCAGAAAGGACUUUGACAUGUUUUCUACAGUAAAUUACUUCCAUCAUAAAGCUGGGUGACCAUUGACAAUAGGAAAUUAGUCUAUUUUUUCAUGUGAAGACUUUUCAGACACACACGUUUUUGCUCCUAAAUGUACAAGAAAAAUGCUGUUCUGGAAAUGAUUUUCACUUUAUGUCCUCGUGAAAGAGUUUUGAAACCUCACUCAAUUCAGUCUUUCUGCUUUUGCCUGAAACAAGCCCAGGUUGGGUUGAAUUUUUUAAUACGAACAAUCCACAUUGUUUGGAUACACAUUUAAUAAUUAAAUGUGAUCAGAGGUCUUCAGAUUAGUACUCUUGAAUUUAUUUUAUAACAAUGCUGUGGACAAUCAGAACAGUUCUCAAUUAAAAUAAAUAAAACAUAAAAGCAUUCCAUAGUCAAUGUCAUACACGUCUUUUAGCUUUAAGCAGCUUGACAAAAUCCAAAGCUAAGUGGAAUUACACCUCAGCUUUUACUUUAAGUGUCUUUCAAGUGUCCUUUGAUAUUCCGCGAUUAGUGACCAAGGACGAUUGUUUUGGCCUUGGCGUCUUAUUUUCUGUUUGAUUGUUUUUAUUUCAAAAGUUUGCCAAGAAGUUUAAUAGUUUUUUAUGCCUCAUUUUACAAAGGAUUUAUUGUUUAUAGAGUAAUGUGCGCUUAGUUUUAGCGAUGUUUUUUGACUGAAAUUGUUUUGUUUCUUCAAACAUCUGGGAAACAAUGUGUGUUUUGUUUUAUUUUUUUAUCUUACCUCAUUCUGUCAAAUCAAUGUUCACUUGUGUUCAAAGAUAUUUAAGGUGUGCGUCCAUCCAUUUUAUCUACUCUGUCCAAUCCAUGAAAUUAAUUUAUUUUUCUGUGAUUGCAAUAUAACUGAUGUUGAAGGGACACUUGAUGACAAUGACAUGGCCAAUAUUUUCUGAUUUUGAUGUUGCAAUAAAAGGGAAAAUUUUCUUACCAAAAAUAUUCAGGUGUAAGUAACAUAAUAUGACAGAAAUAUACUCUGUGGGUGUUAAACUUGGUCUCUAAGCUACACCUCAUAUUUUGACUACUUUUACAUUGUUUUAACUGCAAAUAGGCCAGUUCUAUAUAACAAAUACAUUCAUGCCUUUGCAUAUUGCCUUACGUUAAACUGGAAGAUAAGUGCUAUUCUGGAUCUAAAUCCCAUUCCAUGAGAGCCCGCUUUUUAUUUAAAGUAACAACAAAGUAACUGUUUUCUCAAAUGUUACAUGUUACAACAACAAAAAUGUCCUUUUUCAUUCAUAAACUGCUGUCACCUGAAGGUUGCCAUGUUUUUAUGCACCUGAACCCAAACUAUUCCAAACAUGUUUAAAUCUGCUAAAAGUUUUGGAAAAUUGAACUUUUUUGUUUUUUAAUAAAUGAUGAUUUCACUGAU